GGGUAAUUGUGGUAGAACAGCCUCCUACACUGAAGGCAUCUUCAAGACGCCCGGGAAGGUCUGACUUGUUCCUGUAAGCCAUUUCCAGGUAAUUAUGAAGACUCCUAAAAAGCAGUGGGAAAAUGCCACCUGGCUGGUGACGGAGUUUGUGCUGGUGGGUUUCUCCAGCCUCCCAGGCCUGAGGACCACCCUUUUCACGCUGUUCUUCCUCAUGUACCUAGUCACCCUCAGCGGCAAUGUCACCAUCAUCACCAUUAUCCAUGUGGAUCGGAGCCUUCACACACCCAUGUACCGCUUCCUGGCAGUGCUGUCCCUCUCCGAGACCUGCUACACGCUGGUCACCAUCCCUAACAUGCUGGCCCACCUGCUCAUGGAGAGCCAAGCCAUCCCCAUCGCCGUCUGCUGGGCACAGAUGUUCUUCUUCCUGGGUCUGGGUUGCAGCCACUGCUUCCUCCUGACCCUGAUGGGCUACGACCGCUAUGUAGCCAUCUGCCACCCUCUGCACUACUCGGUGAUCAUGAGGCCUACAGUCUGUCUCUGCCUGGGAGCCCUGGUUUUCUGUGGGGGGCUCUCAGUGGCCUUGAUCGAGACCAGCAUGAUCUUCUCCUCACCUUUCUGCAACAGCAACCGUGUGGAGCACUUCUUCUGCGAUAUCGCCCCAGUGCUGAAGCUUAGCUGCGGGGAGAGUGCAGGCAAAGCUCUGGCCAUCUUCUUCCUCAGCGUCCUCGUUGUGCUGGUCUCCUUCCUCCUCAUCCUCCUCUCCUACGCCCUCAUCGGGGCUGCCAUCCUGAGGAUCCGCUCGGCCGCCGGCCGCCACAGGGCCUUCUCCACCUGCGCAGCCCACCUCACGGUGGUCAUUGUGCACUUCGGCUGCGCCUCCAUCAUCUACCUGCGGCCGCAGUCUGGAGGAAACCCUGACCAGGACCGCCUGGUGGCUGUCUUCUACACGGUGGUGACGCCGCUGCUGAACCCCGUGGCGUACACCCUGCGCAACAAGGAGGUGAGGGUGGCUCUGAGGAGGACGCUGGCACGAAGCUGCGGGGUUUCUAAAUAA